GGAGGACAUUUGGUGCGCCUAGUGACUGCUGGAAACAGGACCUGGGUUGAAAGCCGGCCGGGCGGGGGCCGGAGGGGCCGGGGGCGGCCGCGGUGGGGGCGGAGGCCCACUCGGAUCUUUUGCAUAAAAGGGGCAGCAGGGCGCACUCUCCCCCUCCCCGGCGCAGAGCUCGCUCUCGCCUCGGGAUCGUUGUUUUCCGCGCACCCCCUCCUCCGCCUCCGCGAGACUCCUCAUGUUCCCCAUGCCCGGGCGGGCCCGGGGGGGGCCCGGGGCUGCCUCUGCGAGACCAGCGGGGGACCCGGGCCGGGGCCCUGCCCGCGGCGCCUGCGAGGUCUCGGCGAGGAGUGCGCCAGCGGAUCAAUGAGAGGAGGCUCACAUGAGCCCCUGCUGACUUGAGAGAGACCAAGCCGAUUGCUCAGAGGAACUGGAAGAAGAAAAAGGAGGAAAAAAGCAAAACAACCCAAACUCGGUGAGCUGCUCUCCCUCACCAUGAGUAGUGCUGUGUUAGUGACUCUCCUGCCAGACCCCAGCAGCAGCUUCCGCGAGGAUGCUCCGCGGCCCCCGGUUCCCGGAGAAGAAGGGGAGACCCCACCGUGCCAGCCCAGCGUGGGCAAGGGCCAGUCCACCAAACCUAUGCCCGUCUCCUCCAAUGCUAGGCGGAACGAAGAUGGGUUGGGGGAGCCCGAGGGGCGGGCCUCUCCUGAUUCCCCUCUGACCAGGUGGACCAAGUCUUUGCACUCCUUGUUGGGUGACCAGGAUGGUGCGUACCUCUUCCGGACUUUCCUGGAGAGGGAGAAAUGUGUGGAUACCCUGGACUUCUGGUUUGCCUGUAAUGGAUUCAGGCAGAUGAACUUGAAGGAUACCAAAACUUUGCGAGUAGCCAAAGCAAUCUACAAGAGGUACAUUGAGAACAACAGCAUUGUCUCCAAGCAGCUGAAACCUGCCACCAAGACCUACAUCCGGGAUGGCAUCAAGAAGCAACAGAUCGACUCCGUCAUGUUUGACCAGGCACAGACUGAGAUCCAGGCGGUGAUGGAGGAAAAUGCCUACCAGGUGUUUUUGACUUCUGACAUAUACCUUGAGUAUGUGAGGAGUGGGGGAGAAAACACGGCCUACAUGAGCAGUGGGGGACUGGGGAGCCUGAAGGUUUUGUGUGGCUACCUUCCCACCUUGAAUGAAGAAGAGGAGUGGACAUGUGCCGACCUGAAGUGCAAACUUUCACCAACCGUGGUUGGCUUGUCCAGCAAAACUCUGCGGGCCACAGCAAGUGUGAGAUCCACAGAAACGGUUGAAAAUGGAUUCAGGUCCUUCAAGAGAAGCGACCCGGUGAAUCCUUAUCACGUGGGUUCCGGCUAUGUCUUUGCACCAGCCACCAGUGCCAACGACAGUGAGAUAUCAAGCGACGCACUGACCGAUGAUUCCCUGUCCAUGACGGACAGUAGUGUAGAUGGAAUCCCUCCGUAUCGCAUGGGGAGUAAGAAACAGCUCCAGAGAGAGAUGCAUCGCAGUGUGAAGGCCAAUGGCCAGGUGGCCCUACCUCAUUUUCCGAGAACCCACCGCCUGCCCAAGGAGAUGACGCCUGUGGAACCCGCUGCCUUCGCCGCCGAGCUCAUCUCCAGGCUGGAGAAGCUAAAGCUGGAACUGGAGAGUCGCCACAGUCUGGAGGAGCGGCUGCAGCAGAUCCGGGAGGAUGAAGAAAAGGAGGGGUGUGAGCAGGCACUGAGCUCACGGGACGGAGCCCCAGCCCAGCAUCCCCUGGCCCUCCUACCCUCUGGCAGCUAUGAAGAGGAUCCACAGACCAUUCUGGAUGACCACCUGUCCAGGGUCCUCAAGACCCCUGGCUGCCAGUCGCCUGGUGUGGGCCGCUACAGCCCACGUUCCCGCUCCCCUGACCACCACCACCAUCACCACCUGCAGUACCACUCCCUCCUUCCCACGGGGGGCAAGCUCCCUCCCGUGGCCGCCUGCCCGCUCCUGGGAGGCAGGAGCUUCCUGACCAAGCAGACGACGAAGCACGCUCACCACUACAUCCACCACCACGCCGUCCCCAAGACCAAGGAGGAGCUCGAGGCAGAAGCCACGCAGAGAGUCCGCUGCCUCUGCCCUGCGGGCACGGAUUACUGCUACUCUAAAUGCAAGAGUCACCCCAAGGCUCCAGAGCCUCUGCCCGGGGAGCAGUUUUGUGGCAGCAGAGGCGGUACCUUGCCCAAACGAACUGCGAAAGGCACAGAAACGGGCCUGGCGCUGCAGGCCAGGGAAGGAGGGGCGUUCAGCGGAGCAGGGGCCCCUCAGCUUCCCGGGGAGGAAGGAGACCGGUCCCAGGACGUGUGGCAGUGGAUGCUGGAGAGUGAGCGGCAGAGCAAGCCCAAGCCCCAUAGUGCCCAAAGCAUAAGAAAGAGCUACCCAUUGGAGUCCGCCCGUGCCUCCCCAGGAGAGCGAGUCAGCCGGCACCAUCUGUUGGGGGCCAGUGGACACCCCCGCUCGGUGACCCGGGCUCACCCGUUUACCCAAGACCCUUCCAUGCCUCCCCUGACCCCACCCAACACUUUGGCGCAGCUGGAGGAAGCCUGCCGCAGGCUGGCAGAGGUGUCAAAGCCUCAGAAGCAACGGUGCUGUGUGGCCAGUCAGCAGAGGGACAGGAACCACUCGGCCGCUGGUCAGGCAGGAGCCACACCCUUCUCCAACCCAAGCCUGGCUCCAGAAGAUCACAAAGAGCCCAAGAAACUGGCAGGUGUCCAUGCACUCCAGGCCAGCGAGUUGGUCGUCACUUACUUUUUCUGCGGAGAAGAAAUUCCGUACAGGAGGCUGCUGAAGGCUCAGAGCUUGACACUGGGUCACUUCAAGGAGCAGCUCAGCAAAAAGGGAAAUUAUAGGUAUUACUUCAAAAAAGCGAGCGAUGAGUUUGCCUGCGGAGCCGUGUUCGAGGAAGUCUGGGACGACGAGACGGUGCUCCCCAUGUACGAAGGCAGGAUCCUGGGCAAAGUGGAGAGGAUCGAUUGAGCCUGGGCCUCAGCUUGCGCCGCAGAGCCGGAGCCCAGAGAACCUGCCUCGGACCUGUGCAACAGCCAGGAGAUAUUUUGAAGGAAAAUGAAAACCAAUUAAGAAGACAAAGUCUGGGGAGGAACUGGCCCUCGGGCCUUCAGGAGGGGCGGGGGUGGUUGGUUCUCAGUAUCCAUGAGCUGGGUACCGAGAUCAGAAAAAGCCUGAACUAUUUAUUCAAAACGUGGCCACUCCGGGCUAUUGAAGAUGCUGAGUGUGUUUGAGAGACCGCCAUACAUAAUAUAUGACUUCCUAGGGAUCUGAAAUUCAUAGACUAAGAGAAAACUGUGUAUAGCUUGCCCGAACAGGAGUCCUUACUGAUAUUUAUUGAACAGUCGAUUACCCCCCCCCAAAAGUUUAUGCUGCUUUAAACACGGAAGUGGGAGAGAGAGAAGUUUGGAUUGCUGUCUACGCUUAGGAGCCGAGCUGGGAGUGCAUUAAUCAUUUCUUCGUUAACAGAGGAAUCCGCCCUGUGUGGCUUUUUUUUUUUUUUUUCUCAAGUGAAGACAGGCUUCUUUAAAAAAAAAAAGAAUUGGUGCCCACCCAUUGACACAUGCGGAAAUCUGUGCCCCCACCUCACCCCACCCCGGCCGUGCAUCUCUGCUUGAGGGUCGGUUGUGACAGCGUCUUCACCACUUCGGGCAAUGUCGUGUUGGGUGGGACCGUCUGGAGUGGAGGAGUGGGGGAGCCUUUCCCCGGCAGGGCCAGCCGCUGCCGAUUGACCGUGGAUGGUCUUUUGGUUCAAGCUUGUGCUUUUUGGGGGAAGUGAGGGCUCCUCGUUCUCUUUAAAUCAGUCUCUGGACUACGGCCAUGAGGAACCUCCCCUUGACCAGCCGCCCCUGCAAGGACCCCCAGCAGCACCUCUCCUCCUUACCUUCCCCUUGGCGCUCGGGUUUGUGUUAAGUUAAUCUGUACGUCCUGUUUGCCAUCCUUCCCUGUGCUAUAGGCCUGUGUAUAGUGUAGGGCAGAGCGUUAACCCUCCGGGUAGUGCUUGACAUCGGAAGUACAGUGCCUGUACAGGCGCGGGGACCCGCUCCGUGCACCGCCCUAUAUUCAGGGCUCAAGCUCUCCCUUGGUUUUUGAAAGGGGUUUAUGUAUAAAUAUAUUUUAUGCCUUUUUAUUACGAGUCUUGUUACACUCAAUGACUUUUGUCAUGGCAUUUUGUUCUACUUAGACUGUAAAUUAUGCAUUAUAAAGAGUUCAUUUAAAGAAAAUUACUUGGUACAAUAAUUAUUGUAAUUAAGAGAUGUAGCCUUUAUUAAAAUUUUAUAUUUUUCAAAA